UCUCUAUCCUUGACUCCGUCCUUUUAUACCAGACCAGUUGAGUAAAUCUGUUCCCACUAGUCCCCGAAGGUUUGCGAACCAAGGAGUUGUUUAUCUCUCAGAAAUCCAAUCUGCCGAAGAUCUCAGAGAACUUAGUGCUAAACAGGCAAAAGGGAUUCUAGCGAUGAACAGGGUAAACUUCAAGGGCUGUGUAGAGAAGGAGGAACUGUUGAAGAUUGUUGAAAGGUUGUGGAGGCAAGAGGUCAGGAACAAGGAGCAUUUAGAGGAUAUGGAGGAUGAUUCUAUCUGUAAAAUUUGCAUGGAUGCCCCGAUUGACUGCGUGAUGCUAGAGUGUGGGCACAUGUGCACCUGCACUAACUGUGGAAAACAGAUGGCAGAGUGCCCAAUAUGUCGACAAUAUGUUGUCAGGGUUGUCCGGACUUUCAAGGCAUAAGAAGAACAUUAGCAAGACAAGAUUUAUUUCUGUCACAAGAAUUUGUAAAUUUAGUCUCAACCAGUGGUCGGAAUUAAUUCAAGAAUAUGCAAAACUAUUUUGAAAAUUUAUCUUUACGUUCGCCACUUGUAAGGUGUACACUUGAAAAGUUGUAAUUGCUUAGUAAACUUUAUUUUUUUUCUCUUUUUAACUUGCUGAGUCACGCAACUUCUUUUGAGCUUAAAACAUUUAUGUUAUAUGAGUUAAAAUCUCAUCAGAUCGUUAUUCGUUAAAGGUAUGGUUUCAUAAUUUAGGAGACCCUUUACAGUUCACCUUUUUAUUAUUAUUUUUCACUACAAACUGUUUUCCAAGAAACGGCGGCGGAGAGGAAUUUUUUUCUUUGAAAUUUAACAACAACUGUGAAGGAUUUUAAAAAGACCAAGAUCCAAGAUGUGUCCUAUUUCUGAAAAAAAUAUAUCUCUGUUAUUAAAUUGCCUAAUUUAAGUUUAAAUGUCACUUUUUUGAAACUUUUCUAUCCCUUUUAAAAUGCCGGUCACUUAAAGUUGUGUAACCAUUCCUUUUUAAGUUUACUCAUUCCUGAAACCAAGGUUUCAAUCAAAUCACUUUGCAUUUCACCCUUUAGCUCUCUUUCCAGUUGCCGACCAUGUGAUACAAACCUAUUUCAAAGUUGUACAAUAUAAAUAUUAAAGUUGGUAUAUAAUAUAUGAUAUAUAAAUAAAUUAUACAGUGAAA